CUGAGAGAGGGCCCAGCCAUGUCUCUGCUGGCAGCUGGGCUGCUUCUCCUGGGCUUCCUUCUAGGUCCAGUAACUGAUGCAGCCACCAACGUGUUGAAGGAUAACACAGGAAACAAGCUCUUGCCCAGACCCUGGCUUUCUGUUGAGCCCGUGUCUUGGAUCACACCUGGCCUGAGCACAUUCCUGACCUGCCAGGCGCCACUGCCAAAUGUAGCCUUCCUGCUGAAGCGGGAAGGAGAUACUGGUUUCCCGGAAGUAGCUGAAACCAAUGGUUUCCUGGAACUAGCUGGACCCGAUGGUUUCCUGGGGACAGCUAAAGCCAGGAAAGGUGACAAGGAACGGGCCACCUUCCUAGUCCACAAACCGGGCACCUACAGCUGCAGCUACCUAAUCCACACAUCAGCUGUGCCCUCUGCACCCAGUGAUACUGUGACUAUCAAGGAGUAUGUCAUACCACCUCCACCGGUGCUGACCUCUUCCGGAAGUGUCACUGUGAUCCUACUUGAGAAGGCCCACAGGACCCUUGUCUGUGAGGCUCCACUGAUGGAUGUUGAAUUUCAGCUGAGGCAGAGCAAGCACAAACUGAAGCUCCCCUCCAUCAGCACCAGCCCAGAGCAGGUCAAGUUCUAUCUGAAACGAUCGGAUCUGGGGGACCAGAGCCCAUUCACAUGUCGCUACCGUCUACACAGCAAUACAGCUUGGUCCAAAGACAGUGAGCCCGUAGAACUAAUGUGGAGUGAUGAGACACUGCCGGCACCAGUGCUCACUGCCGAGCCAUCGAAUCAGACCAUUGAACCUGAUUUGAUGGUGCAGUUUCGAUGUAUCGCCCCUAAGGCUGGUCUGCGCUUCGGCCUGCACCGUGAAGACCCGGAUGAGAGCAUCCUGCUGCAGACGCUGAAGACAGCUGGCAACGAGGCUGUCUUCCAGCUGCACAAAGUCUCAGCAAAAGACUCUGCCGACUACAGCUGCAGCUACACGGAACUAGCCCCGCCCUUCUCUGGAUCCGCUCCCAGCGAGUUCGUGGAGCUGGCUGUGACCGGGCCACCACCACCACCAAAGCUCCAGGCACUAUGGACAGGAAAAGUACCUGCUGGCAGUGAUGUUGUUCUACGCUGCCAGAGCAAGGUGCCCGGGGUCGUCAUGGAGCUGCUGCGUGGGGGCAAAAUUGUCCCCUACCGGAUAUACAAAAUAACAAGCUCCUGGAGUGACCUGGUGCUACCCUUAGUGGGUCCCCGACAUACGGGUAACUACACCUGCCGCUAUACCUCCUGGAAUCCUGAUCCCUUCCACUCAGAACCCAGCAACCCUGUAGAGCUCAUAGUAGAAGGUAUGACUUGUAGGGGGCUGAGGUUGGGUUUUGCCUCUUAGUCUUGGCUGCGCUGGGCACUGGUUAACUGUGUAAUCCAAGCUAGUAUGCAAAGUCCCUGUGGCAAUGUGCUGCGUCAAUUCAUCCAUAUCUUUGUCUAGAAAGGUGAUGUAGCUGCAGACACAGGACACGAUGGUAUUCUUGGAAAGAGGGGAAGAUGGGCAGAACUCUUAUGCUUUCUUCCCACUGGAAGAUGCAUUUCCCCCAAUCACCCUGUACUUAUUAAAGGUCAAGCAAUAGUUUACUUAAAGUGUGUGUCUUCCACUUGUGGGUCCAGUGUGCCUAGGGAGGGGGCUGUUAUUCUAGGCCUGGUGUAGUUAGAGGCUGCUUGUUCAUUUUUCAGCUGCCUAGACCUGAAAUAAUCAGUUAGAAACUAUAUUAAUUAAAUUACUGCUUGACCAUUCACUUAAGUGUAUUGCUGGGUAGCUCUUAUGUCUUAAAUUAACCCAUUUCUAUAAUCUGUGUAUUGUCACAUGACUAUGAUUUACCAGGCAAACUUCUGGCAUCUGUCUCAUCCAGUGGUUACAUGGCAUCUCUCUGACUCUGCCUUCUUUCCUGCUCUAUCUGCUUAGAUUUCCCGCCUUGCUCUAUUCUGCUAAGCCACUGGCCAAAACAGCUUUAUUCAUUAGCCAAUGAAAGCAACACAUAUACAGAAGGACUUCCCAUAUAAUUUCCCCUUUUCUGUUUAAAUAAAAGAAAGAUUUUAACUUUGACAUAAUACAAUUUCAUAUAACAAAACAGGUAUCAAGCAAGAAUUACAGUUAUAAUACUUUAUCUUUUAUCAUAACUAAGGAUAUCUAUAAUUAUAACUAUCUAUUCAACUCCUUCAAAGACCCCAGAAGGACAUAUUACCUAAAUAAACAGGAAGUGCAUUGUAAGCAACUUCCAAAACUCAAGAAUUGACAGAGACAUCACACUGCAUGGAUAGUCACCCAAAGUUCUUCUAUAACAUUGGGGCAUUCAUCUUCAGCCUACAAGCCUAUAGUAUCCAGCCAAACUUUUCCACGAAGCAAGAAAUUUCAAAGACAGUUCCACCUAUAUUGGCACUUUGUCAGUCACUUUCUUCUGUUUCCUGCAGAAUGUCUGUCAGACUCUAUCAUGAAGCCGGAACCUCAUCUUUUAGGCAAGCUCAGUAGUCAUUUUUCUAUGGGUCUUGCAGAGCCAGUUCAUAAAGCAUAACAUCAAGUAUCUAGGAAAGGCAAAUUUUUGCCCAAGUGGCUAACCAGCUCCAUAAGAAGUCUCUUUGAUGCCCAUCUUCUUGAUGCUGCCAGAAUAGAUGUGUAUCAUUGUCAUAAGAAGUCCUAAGUGUUUAAAAGCUUAAAUGCCAUAUUCCAUAGGUCUUUGAAAGGUUUGAAGAUUA